ACCGUCCUGGACAAAACUGGCGAGAUGAUCAACGAUUUGGCCAAUCUGCAGAAGAAUCGUUUAAGUUCAGUACCGCCAACAACGCUUACCGAUCAGCCGGCUCCAAGUAACGUUGAACUUAACUUGGCAGCAAGAGUGCAGUCCCAGCUGCAGAAUCAGAUAGCACAGUUUGCCAAGCCUGGUAGUGUUAUUUCUUCGCCAGUUAUCCAUAGUGCUGUUGGAUUGAACGAGGAAGACAUUGAUUUACUAAAUGAGUUUUUUACGACUCCGGCACCAACUGCUACAGUGCAGUAG